AUGGCCACCAAGUGGGCGAGCGAGCGCUUCCUGGAGCGUGUCUCUGAGGAGGCUGGUGGGGAGUGGAGCGUCUUUAUUCAUAGGCCGAGUAGUAUCUCGAGUCGUGACGAGGCUAAUGCCGUCCCGGGAAGUGACAUUACGCACGCUACGCUGAGAUACUCGCGGCUGCUGGGAGCUGUGCCAGAUCUGUCACUUUCGACGGGAGCUUUUGGUUUUAUUGACAUUGAGACCAUUUCGGGCCAAAUUGUGGCGGAUGUGGUGCAGAGUAUGGGAAUGGGAUAUGUUGUUGUUGGCAGCGGUGGCCGUAAAGGGGUCGCGUAUCGACACUAG